AUGAAACGAAACCCAGAAGACAGAUCAACUCAAAGUAGUGAUGAACUGGAGACAGUGGAAGCUGCUGGAGAAGAUAGAAAGGGUUCUGGAGCAAAUCACAAAUCAACCAAAAGUGGUCUCAAUCAAACAAGUAGUGCCAGUCAGGGCCGGUCUGGGGCAGGACUUCCUGCUGGGAGAAAGGUCGCUAGGAAAGAUCCCGGUGCUCCCGAUGACCAGUCCAGCACUGAUGCCAGUGCAUCAGAAAGUGAAGAAGCAGAGAAUCAUCCAGAAGAUGAAUCCAUCUACAUAUGUAUCCCAGUCACAGAAAUGUUUGGCACUGAACAUACACCUACAGAAGAUGUUGAAAAUGUCGACUCUCUCUAUAAAUUAAUAGAUGGUCUUCCAUCUGCUACAGAUAUAAGACAAAGAAAAUCUUACACCAUGUCAUUCAGCAAUGAAACCAAUAAUGCUGAAUGGGUGUAUGAGAUACUGAACAGGGAAACUUUAGAGGACAACUGUAAAAAGAUAAAAUCAUUUGGAGAUGUUUAUCACAAAGGUCAUCUGGCUGCAGCUGCCAAUCACAGGUGGUGUCGGGAAGCAUAUAAUGACACUUAUUUGUUCAGCAACAUUAUACCGCAGCAUAAGAAAUUAAACCAGGGCAUGUGGAAGAAACUGGAGAAGCAUUGUAGAAGGCUACAGAUAAACAGGGACUGCAAUGUCCAUGUGUACACUGGACCACUUUACCUGCCAGAAGAAAACAAGGAGAUUGACCGUUUGGAAGGGAAAUUAAUCCCAACUCACCUCUUUAAGGUGAUAAUUGUGGAGAAUACGGAUGGGACAGUAGAAGAGCCAGAAUGCUAUAUGAUGCCCAAUGAGGAACCACAAUCUAAAAACUUGGAUGACUAUAGUGGAAAUACUAUUGAAGAUAUCGAAGAGUACUCUGGGCUGACCUUCAUACAACGCCAUCCCAAUGCAAACAUGAGAGACUGUGUAAAGACGGUGACAUUGAGGGGAGAAGCUGGAAAUGGAGAGUCAC